AUGAGCAUCCAAUAUCGGCGUCUGGACCCUUCGAGGCGUGAGAUCCGCCUGCUCGAGGUUCAAUCGGCGCGCAACCUCAGCGACCCCGUCGAGUGCCGCCUCGUCACCGUCCGUCUGACCGAUGAGCUGUCUCGAGAGUACAUCGCCCUCUCCUCACUAUACGGCGAUGCCUCUGAGACCGACAAGAUCUUCGUGAACGGCCAUCAAGUCACCAUCACCGCCCACUUGUCUCAGGCACUGAAGCAGGUCCGCGCCGUCUUCUACCCAACCAUCUCGCAACGCUUCCAGCGAACGCCGGCCAGGCGGCCUCAUGGCGCUCCUCGCUGGCUCAGGCAGCUCUUCGGCCUUAGCAGCUCGCGCCAGAGCGACAAUGAGCCCAGAUCGCUCAGGGUGUGGUGCGAUUUCCUCUGCGUGAACCAGCGCGAUGACUUGGAAAAGUCCAAGCAGCGCUCCGAUAUGCAGAACAUCUACCGCAACGCUGAGCUCGUCGUCGGGUGGCUGGGCGACAAGGCGGAGUACACCGACGAGGCAAUGGCGUGUCUUGCGCGGAUCGAGGACGCCAUGCCGCCCCACUGGGGCGACCCCGGUGACCGAGAGAGGCACCCCGACGACUACGCACCAACUCACAAGUGGACGGAGCAGAUUACGGCUCUGUGGGAACCCGGUCCCAACGGCGAGAUCCCUUUCAUGUUGCCGCACUGGAUGGGCUGUAAUGAUUUCAUGAGCCGUUCAUACUUCCAGCGCCGAUGGAUCCUCGAAGAACUCGCCAUGGCGAGGUUCCCUACCUUUUUGAUUGGAGAGACCAUCGUGACGUGGAAGCAGGUGCUCCGCCUCAACCGAAUGAUGGAGGAAUUCAAGUAUCAACCUUCCAAUAUGUUCCCCGCGUACCUUUCGGCCAUGAUAGCCGAUCUGCCUCUAGAGACAGCGCACAAGCUCCUCGACGAGUUUGCGAGGAGGGAGGCGCUAGAGGAGGCUAAGAUCCUCAAGGAGACGGGAAGCAGUAGGGCGACGUCGUCCACACGAUCCACCGACACUAAGUAA